GCUCCAGCUACAGCUGCCUGGUUGGUGCAUACGCAACCUCACCUGUUCCGAAUAUGGGAGCCUAGACCACCUCUAGACAUAUAAGACGCAACAGUCUUGAGCGUACCACACUACAGCCCACGACCAAGCAUUCAACUCACCUCAGCAACAGCCUGACACCUACUUGGCUGGCCGGAAAUCCUCAUCCCUCCACACCAGAGCCCCAUCCAAGAUGGCUCCUCCAUCCUCUACCCUCGUACCCAAAAUCAAAGUCCAGCUCAAGCUCGCCAUCGCGCGCCUGCGCAUGGUGCAGAAGCGCGACGAGGCGCUGGCCAAGGCGCAGCGCCGCGCCAUGGCCCAGCUGCUUGAGCAGGGCAAGGUCGAGUCGGCCCGCAUCCGCGUCGAGAACAUCAUCCGGUCCGACAUCAUCACCGAGCUGCACGAGGUGCUCGAGCUGUACUGCGAGCUGCUGCUCGCGCGCGCGGGGCUGCUGGGCGAGAACACCGGCGCGGCGUGCGAUCCCGGCCUGGAGGAGGCCGUCAAGAGCAUCAUGUACGCGGCGCCCAAGACCGAGAUCAAGGAGCUGCAGCUGGUCCGGGGCCUGCUGGCCGAGAGGUUCGGCAAGGAGUUCGUGCUGCAGGCCAUGGAGAACCGCGAUGGUAAGGUGAGCGAGCGGGUCAUCAGGAAGCUGAGCGUCGCGCCGCCCAGGGAGGAGCUGGUGCAGGGCUAUCUGGAGGAGAUCGCCAAGGCGUACGGGGUUGACUGGCCGCCGGGGAGGGCGCGGAGGGAGGAGUUGGGGGCGCCGCCCGAUUUCGACAUGGGAGGGGGUGAAGGUGGGGAUGGGGAUGGAAAUGGGGAUGGGGACGGGGAUGCCGGCCAGAAGGAGAAGAGCUCGUUGGAGGAGUCGCUGCUGGGCGAGGACGAGGUGGUUGGGGCGAGGGAAGAAGAGCUCAGCAAGGCGACGCCUCCCAGGACGUUCGGUCCCGCCAGUCCGCUGCAGGUCAACCCGCCGAGUCCGUCGACGGAGAAUAUCCACCCGAAAGUGACGCUCAACAAGGUGGAGUUGACGCCGACCAAGAAGCCCCCGGCUGCUGGUUCGACCGCGGGGAAGAAGCCCGCCGAGAAGAAAGGAAGUAUUGCUGAUGGGAUUCCCGACGUGGACGAGCUGGCCAAGAGGUUCGCUGCGCUGAAGAGGUGAAGUCUGUGUAUCUCGGGCGGUCCGGUGGUAUUCAGCGGGUUAUGUAUGGUGUGUCUCAAGUUGAUUAUCUGCUGGCUGCGAGUGACGGGCUAUCUUA